UCCGCGAAGCAGUGGCCCAUUCUGCUCCAAUCAUUUAGAAGCUCCUGGGGCCCUCCGGCAUCUCCCAGCUUCCCCGGUCCCCCGGCUUGUGGCAGCCAGAGCACCUAUCCUGUCAUCCAGACGGCCACGCUGAGAGUUCCACUGAGGCACUGCUGUCCAGAAGAGACUUUGCAAUGGAUGAGGACAAUCGACAGACCAGCUUGCUGUUUUACAACUUCCUACAAUGUUCCAGUAAUUCCUUUUUCCAAACGGAGCUGAAGGAGCUGGGCCAGGAGCUGAACUGGCCACCCAGGGUGUUCCAUAUUCAAAAUACUGGUUUCAAGGACAACUAUGAGCUACAGACAGAUGGCAAUCGGAGCUGCCAUUUUUCGACAUCCAGAGAAGAGGAGGAAGAAUCUGAUUCAGAAAGCCAAGAGGAAAUUCUCCAUCGCAUAGCGGUGCAGCUUGCUGAGAUUGGGGACAAGAUAGAAAAUAGCAUCCAGCCCAGCGUGGUCGUUGAACUGGUCCAGCAGCUCAGAAAUGUGAAUCUCUCAGCUCAGGAAAAGAAAAAGUAUCUGGCUGCCACUAUGGAAAAAGUGAUGAACAUGCAAACAAUUUCUGUGGACAUUGGGCAAGAGAAGGCUACGCUGCUGUUAACAAUGCUGUUGGCUAAAAAAGUUAUGACUCAUGCCCCACCCUUGUUCCGAAGCGUCUUUCAACUCACAGUAGAUUACAUUAAUCAGAACCUCCGCACUUACAUGAGGAACUUAACCGGAAAUGAGACGGAAUGAACGGAUUUCCUUGCAAAGGUCAUCUAAUUUACCCAAACAUUUGAAAUGUUUAAAACUUGCUUUGGGGAAAGCAGGCCAGCUUCUGAUGGAAGAGGAAAAACAAAUAUUUUUAGAUGUUAGUCCACAAGAAUAAAAACAUUAGAAAUAGAGACAGAAA